GCGGCGUUGGAGGAGGAGGACGCGCGCGAGCGCCGCCAGGCCCCGCUGACGGACAUCCUGGUGGCGGAUGCACAGGGCCGGGCUGGCCAUAUCGCCGCCUGCCCUUUCGGGUGGGGGCGAUCCAGUGGCUGCAAGGCGAGGAGGAAGGGGACCAGCUCCACUACGAGGGCUUCAUGCUGGCGCAUGCGCUCGCCCAGCGUACGGUCCUGGAGGCGGCGUUGGUGGAGGAUGACGAGGAGCGGGAGUCAGCGCGCGAACGGCGCCAG